AUGACUUUUACGACACGCUUCGUGGGCAUCUCUGCAACGCUCGACAACGAGCAGAGCACGACACUUGCCCUUGCUUUCCGUGAUGCCGUCCAACUUGUCGACUUCCACGUCACAGACCUCAAGUUGACGAGCGCAACCUCCAUUACAGAGUACAUUAUCAAACGUCUCGAGUCGUACAUGCACUUCUUCGAUGCCAAAAUUAUCGCCGCCGGCCUCCCUAGCGCCAUGGGCGACUUUUGCUCCGCCUUGUGCUCACGGCUAUGGCUUCAACUCGACAUCAUUCCCUUUGCCAUUUCCGAGGAAAAUUGGACGAAGACGCCAUGGCGCGACAAGAAUGUUGACGAACAAGCGGAUUCAAUGGCCCGUAGGUGUAUCAUGUGCUUCAACCCAUCCUUGACGCCCGCACUCCAAAUCGGUUGGCAUAGCUGCGUGGAAGUCGAUGCGGGAGGCAUCAUUCGACUCUGCAGUCUGCAGGACUACCAAACGACCUGCUCGAGGGAGUCGUGGGAUGUGCUCAUGUUCUACGUAAACAAGCUGCGAGCUGCCGGGACAAAGAUGGCCUUUUUUAGCGCCACGCCGCAAGGAGGUGGUGUUGCGCUUAUGCGACAUGCGCUGGUGCGUCUUUCACGACUGCUUUCCGUGGACGUGAAGUGGUAUGUCCCAAAGCCUCGACGGGCUGUUUUUCGCAUUACCAAGAAUAUCCAUAAUAUCCUGCAGGGCGUUGCUCGUCAAGACCAGCAUGUCUCGGACGCAGAAAAGGCCGCCAUCAUUGACUGGAUUACCGACAAUGCGAAGCGUUACUGGCUUUCCAAUGGUGGGCCGUUGUGUAGGCCUGAACAAGGCGGUGCUGAUAUCAUCGUUAUUGACGAUCCGCAAAUGAUUGGCUUGAUACCGUUGAUCAAGCACGUCUCGCCAACACGACCGAUACUCUUCCGCUCCCAUAUCCAAAUCCGGAGUGAUCUUAUUGACAGCAAUCAGCCUACGCAAGUGGGUGUUUGGGACUUUGUCUGGGAUUUUGUCAAGAAAGCAGAUGUUUUCCUCAGCCAUCCCAUUCCCGCAUUCGUUCCUCGUGCCGUACCACGAGACAGAGUGGCCUACCUCCCCGCCACCACGGAUUGGCAAGUGUUGGAUGGCUUGAACAAGACCUUGAACGCCUGGGACACUCAAUACUACAAACAGGUCUUCAACACAGAGUGUCACUUGCAUAACAUGCCAGAGCUCGAAUGGCCUGCUCGCCAAUACAUUAUCCAAAUCUCGCGAUUUGACCCCUCUAAAGGAAUACUCACGGUGAUCGACUCGUAUGCCGAGUUUCGGCGCCGACUCGAUCAGACAGGUUCCAGGAGUCCCCCCCAGCUGGUAAUAUGCGGCAACCCUUCGAUCGACGACCCAGAUGGCGUGGCGGCUUUCGACGAAACCACGGCGCAUAUCCACACGAAAUGCCGCCAUUUGAAAAAGGACAUCAUCGUUGUCCGUCUCGAAGCCAAUGACCAGCUGCUCAACAUGCUCCUCCGGAAUGCCCACGUGGUCCUGCAACUGUCCACCGCGGAGGGAUUCGAGAUCAAGGUGUCGGAAGCGUUGCACGCCGGGCGCCCAAUCAUUGCAACAGCUGUCGGCGGUAUCCCCCUACAAAUUAACCAUGGGCUGAACGGCUAUCUCGUCGACGCGGGGGAUUGGCAGGCCGUGGCGAGUCAUUUGAUGGAACUAUUUACCGAUGUCGGACUCUACAAUGCAUUGUCGGUCGCGGCUGCGGCGAAAACCGGACUGGGUGACCAGGUGAGCACCGUGGGGAAUGCGAUUGCGUGGUAUUUUCUGGCGUGGAAGUUUGUUGUAGGUGGUGGAAUGGAGGGUGGCGGAAGAUGGGUGAGUGACAUGGCGAGGGAAGAAGUAGAGAAACAGCUUUGA